UCUAACUUUUGUCUACUAUUAUUAUUGAAGCCUAGGUUAUUGAUGAAUCUGAUAAAGAACAUUCUCCCUAGUUUCAAUCUCUCUCUUUCUACUUCCACUCUUCCUUUUUCUUUCUCUCUCUUUCCACCACCUUUUUUUUUGUAUUUUAUUGUAUUUUGUUUUUCUUUCUACCUCCUGCAUAUAAAUCAUUAUCAUAAUGAAGUCUAUGCCAAACCAUUCUUGUUGUAGUACUUGUAUUACUUCUCGUUGGUUGCACUGUCUUGCUAUUUGUAUCUCGCGUACCUUGUUAAGCUUUGGGUUCGUUCCCUUUUACUUUUCUUUCUCUCAAUCACCACACAUCAAACACCUUCCGAUCAUCCUCGAAAUCUCUUUGUUUCGGGUAUGGAAUUCAACAAGUUCAGAAUCAGAAGCUACGAGGGGCAAUAUGAUAGGGCUCAAGUGGAAGAUCUUGAGAGAAGAUGCGAGGUAGGGCCAUCAGAAAGCGUGUUCCUCUUCACAGACACUAUGGGUGACCCCAUUUGUAGGAUUCGGAACAGUCCAAUGUACAUGAUGCUGGUGGCAGAGUUGGAGAAUGAACUGGUUGGUGUGAUUCAAGGGUCUAUAAAGCUGGUGACUGUUCAUGGUCAUCCCCCGAAGGAUUUGGCAAAGGUGGGGUAUGUCCUUGGCCUAAGGGUAUCACCCCACCACAGAAGAAAAGGGAUUGGCUCAAGCCUUGUGAGAAGGCUAGAAGAAUGGUUCAGUUCCAAGGACGUGGACUAUGCAUACAUGGCAACAGAGAAAGACAACCAAGCCUCGGUUAGUCUCUUCAUGGACAAGUUUGGCUACACCAAGUUUAGGACUCCGGCAAUUCUUGUGAACCCUGUGAACCAUCAUUGCUUUCAAGUAUCACCCAACAUUGAGAUUGCAAGGUUGAAGGUUGACCAAGCCGAAUACCUCUACAGAAGAUUCAUGGGGUCCACAGAGUUUUUUCCCAAUGACAUAGGUAACAUACUUAGGAACAAGCUGAGUUUGGGGACAUGGGUGGCUUAUUUGAAGGGAGAUAUUGGUUGGGGGGAUUUUGGGUCAGAUGGACAAGUCCCUAAUAGUUGGGCAAUGCUGAGUGUAUGGAACAGUGGGGAGAUAUUCAAACUGAGGCUUGGGAAAGCACCAUUCUCUUGCUUGUUAUGCACCAAGAGUUGGUGGUUGAUUGAUAAAAUCUUCCCAUGUUUGAAACUUCCAACCAUACCUGAUUUCUUCAACCCAUUUGGGUUCUAUUUCAUGUAUGGGGUGCACCAUGAAGGGCCAUUCUCAGGGAAGCUGGUGAGAGCCUUGUGCCAAUUCGUACACAACAUGGCUGCAGAAUCCAAGGAUGAGAAUUGCAAGAUCAUUGUGACUGAAGUUGGAGGAAGAGACGAGCUCAACCAUCACAUUCCACAUUGGAAACUGCUCUCGUGCCCAGAGGACUUGUGGUGCAUAAAGCCCUUGAAAAAUGAAGGGACAAAUAACAAGUUCCACGAAUUAACCAAAACCCCACCAACAAGAGCUCUUUUUGUAGACCCAAGAGAGGUUUAAUUAAUGCAUGAUCUCAAAAAAAACACAUAUAUUAAAAAAAAAAAAAAGAGUAAUAAAAGGGGGGACAAGAAAAAGCUUGGAAAUAUCUUCACCUUAAUUUUCUUUCUUUUCUUUCCUUAGCUUUCUCCAAGAACCAAAACCCACCUCAUGUAUUGUGUGAUAAGUCCAUCCAUCUCUCUUGGUGGGGGUUUUUCUCUGGUUCCUUUCACAUCGGUGACACAAAAUCUCAAAAGAUAUCCAUAAUUUUGGUGUCCUUCUUUGCAAUUCCCAUCUUCUGCCUCAUGACUCUGACUACUCAAUCACCAUGGUGGUCCAAACUUUGUUCCUUCCCCUCAGGUAAAAUUUUUAGCUGGACCCUCCUCACUCACUUUGUCGCAUCUCAUUGGGAUAUCAUCUCCGUAACAUGUAUGUCAUCACUGAAAAAAAAAAGAAAAGAAAAGAAAAAGAGAUUUACUUUCUAGCCAUUUUAUAUACAUAGUGUGUGAUCAUGAAAGUAACCAUUAUUCUAUUCCAUUCAAGUCAGAGUUAGACAGCUUCUGUUCCAAGAUAAAGGGGGAAAGAAAAAAUGCAUGUGACUGUCAAGGGGUUGGUUUCUUCUUCAUUUGUGCUCGAGCAUUGUUGUCCCUAACUGCAUGAGGAAUGUUAAAGUUUCCAAGGCUUGUGUUGGAAUCACCCAAAAACACAACUGAGAGAGAGACUUUGCUUGGGUUUUCACUUUUUACCAUUAAGGCAAAUGUUGGUUAACUAGCUAGGGACCUUGCUCUUUGUUAGAACCAUAUAAAGAGUGACUUGGACUAUUAAAGUUAGUGGCUUUGUAUUUAGAAAGAUUCUGUAAUUGUUCUACUUCUGUUCAGUGUGACCAUGGAAUAGCACUCAUGAAACUUCUGCAAUAAAUGAUUGAGACAUUACAUUA